AUGUCCUGCUCCAGCCUGUGCAUCCCCAGCUGCGGAGUGGCCACCCCGGCCCCUCUGGCUGACACCUGCAAUGAGCCCUGUGUCCGGCAGUGCCCCGACUCCACGGUGGUGAUCCAGCCCCCGGCCUCGGUGGUCACCUUCCCCGGGCCCAUCCUCAGCUCCUUCCCGCAGCAGAGCGCCGUGGGCUCGGCUGGAGCUCCCUACGUCGGAGUCGGCUCCGGCGGCUCCUUUGGAAGCCGUGGUGCCUCUGGGGGAUAUGGAGGAUUUGGUGGCUAUGGAGGAUUUGGAGGUUUUGGAGGUUAUGGAGGUUUUGGAGGCCGUGGUGGCUACGGGGGUUGGGGCUUUGGAGGCCGUGGGGGUUAUGGAGGUUUUGGGGGUCUUGGGGGCUGUGGCUACGGGGGCUGGAGCAGUGGCCACCGGUACCUGAAUGGCAACUGUGGGCCCUGCUAA